AUGUCUAAGAUGCUGGAAUGCCGUUCAGUCGUGAUGAACAAGUUCAUGUCGGCGAUUGAUGUGAACGAGCCCAAUCCCGACGUGGCUGAGAAAAUCCAGAAAGUCCUACAGAAUCUGCGUUCGCUCCGCCUGGACUUCAUCUAUUAUGGCGAGAAAGACCUAAAGCCUGCUACAUACAUAGCCGAAACCCACCGUUUCUUUUCCGCAGUACCGUCCUUCUGGCUGAAGCCCGCUCACCAAACUCUCAAAGAGCUCAACCUCGCCCAUUGUCAUUUCUGGGGUUACUACCUAAAGCUCGAUCUCCGUGGUGUACAUUUCUCCCGAUUGAGGAUUCUCCAAUUGACCAAAUAUACCCUCGUCCACGACUCCCAGCUAGACGGGAUCUUCAGUCACCGCGACACUCUCGCAGAACUCUACCUCGAAGACUGCGCCAUCGGCUGGGAUAUAGAAGCAACGGCCGAUAAAGAAAUGGCCUACCUGGAUCCGAAUAGUUACAUCACCCGUCCUGGAUCCGGGGGAAAACGCUACGCAACGUACGACAAACGAUGGCACGAUUAUUUCAAAUCCUUCCAAGAACUGCGGCACCUCCAGCGUUUCCGAUACGGGUGGAUUGAGAAAUAUGGUCCAUUUGAAGAGGGGCCCGACUUGAAUCUCAGUAUGCACAUAGCAAGCUACAUGCUUUAUGGUUCACUCGGUUAUCAGGAAUUACCUUCGUAUUGUAUGGACACCGGGAACAGCCUGAAGUAUGGGGCGGAAUGGGUAAUAGAGGAUGAGACGAGCUUGGAGGAGCUCUAUGCGAAGAUAGGUUACAAAUACGUGGUCGGGAAAUCUCAGGUGAGGCGUGGUUGA